AUGGCGGAAGGCAAGAAGAAACGAAGUCAAGGAAAAGAGUGCUCGUUUUUUGGUUGCUCCAAUAGAAUGUACGAUGCAAAUGGGAAAAAAACACGCUUUAGAUUUUUUACAUUUCCAAAGGAUGAAAAGCUUCGUAGAAUUUGGGAAAACCGUGUGGCGAGAAAGUCGGGAAAAGACGGUUUCCGUAUAACCAAGGCAACUGUGGUUUGCAACGUCCAUUUUCGAACAGAUGACAUAUUGCGCGUUCCAGGGGGGAGUCGGUUAGAUUCAAGGAAAGGAGCAGUCCCACUGAAAUGGAAUGAAAGACCCAAGGAAAAAGAAAAAAAAAAAGAACAGCUCCACGACAACUCAGACAACGAGAAACAUCACUGAACGUAACCAAGUCACCGCCAAAAAGCUCGAACCAGGAUCACUCAGUCAAGAAAUUUUCAACGACGUCAGAGAUAGUACAGGUGGGAAAUGCGAACGUCGAUUCACUUCGUAUCUUAGCGUCAAAAGCUCUGUGUAAACUUAAUAACGAGCUAGUUGAGAAAGUUAAACUUCUUACUAGUAAUGAGGACAAAAGUCCAAUUUUUUCUGUGAAUAAUCUGGCCGAUGGUGAAAAAUGUAAGCAUUAUACUGGUUUCCCCAACUAUGCAGUGUUUAUUGCAGUGUUUGAUUUGUUAAAACCUGGUAUGAAUGGUGAGAAUGUCAAGCUUGUGUCAGCUCCCAAUGCUCACACAGGUCGUGGACGUAGACGACGGCUCAGUGGCAAAGAGCAGUUUCUCUUAACACUGAUGAGGUUA